GGGAACAUCUGAGCCCUCUCUCUCCCGUUCUGCUCUGUCUCCGGAAGGCUACUCAUCUGUUCCUCCACUAGACGGCACUUUCUACUGAUAUGUGAAGUGGUUGACCGUUUGAGGAGGGAGGGCUUCUCACACCACCCUGUGCAUUCUAACUGGUCUCUUGCAUCUAAUUUUCAGCAAGGUCCUGCAAAUCACCCUAGGAUGUCCUUUGCUGAGCAGCAGUGCAAACAGCCAUGCGUGCCACCUCCAUGUCUUCCAAAGAUCCAAGAGCAGAGCCAGGCAAAGGCUGAGGAAGUGUGUCUCCCCCUCUGCCAGGACCCCUGCCAAGAGAAGUGCCUGGUGCAAGCUCAAGAGGUGCAGCUUCCUCAGUGCCAGGAGUUAAACCAAGAAAACUGCCCACAUCAAAGCCAAGACCCCUGCCCACCUCCAUGCCAAGACCAAAGCCCAGCUCAGUGUGUACAGCCAUGCCAGGAGCCAGCUCAGACAAAAUGUGUAGAGGUUUGCCAACAGAAAAUCCAAGAGAAGUGCUUACCCCCUGGCAAGGGAAAAUAGCUGCUCAUAAUGCCAUUUGGGGUCAAGAAGAUGAUUCCGGCCCAACCCCAGCCUCUGCUAUGGUGACCUUCUCCAGUGGGUACUUCUGUGUGCACCCCGUUCUUGCCUUCUGGCUUCCUCAAUAUUCCAGGACUUGGUCUGUGUCUCUGAAGACAGUUCUCUCUGUAUUUCAUCAACUUCUGUGAAUAAGUACUGUGCUCAGUCAUCUAGUAGGAGGUCUCUACUAGAUGGAGCAGUUAUCAGGAAUGGUGUGGUUAUCAGGAAAGACCACAGAAGCCUAAUCCAGAUCCCUUGGGGCAAAACUUCUCCCAGCCCUGGGUACAAAACAACCAAGGAUGCCUCCAUUCAUCUUUCAGAGUGUCCACCUCUCACCUGAGCCUCAAAACAAACUGAAUUUUGAUGGACUUUUCACUGAUCGCCACCGCCACCGCCACCAUGGCUGUGGAGAAUAAGUUGGGGCUGUUGCAAAAAUCGAACACUGGGUAAUUUUGUCUUGGCAUCACCUUCCCCCCCCCAAAAAAAAAGUACAGGAAAUGAUUAGAUGUUGUUGUAAUGUUAGUUGUGCUUUUAAAAAAUGAAACAAAUUGAAAUGUAGAUGAUUGAUUCCAAACAGCCCAUAAGAAAAGACGAGGUGAGACGUUUGGGGUCCUGGUGGUUGAUCUUUGUGCUUCAUCACUGACCUGCUUUAAGCCCUUAAUUUCCACCACGUACACUCUUUAGACAUGUGAUUCAUGACUGUGUGGUGCAGGCCGGUCUGUUCUUCAACCUCUUUGCCUUCUUCUCCCUGGUGAAGGUAAAAUGCAGAAUAAAGCUGACACAAAACUGA